AUGGUGUUUUUUGGCUACAUGGUGUUCAGCAUAGUGCUCGGGCUCCUGGCCGACAGGUAUGGCCGCUGGAAGAUCCUGCUCCUCUCCUUCCUCUGGGCAGCCUAUUUCUCCCUGCUGACCUCGUUUGCCCCAUCCUACAUCUGGUUUGUGUUCCUGCGGGCCAUGGUAGGCGGUGGCGUGUCAGGCCACGCGCAAGGACUUAUCAUAAAAACGGAGUUUUUGCCCACUAAAUACCGGGGAUACAUGUUGCCCUUAUCUCAGGUGUUUUGGCUGGCAGGAUCCUUGUUAAUCAUUGGCCUGGCAUCAGUGGUGAACCCAACCAUCGGCUGGCGGUGGUUGAUCAGAAUUGCCUCCAUCCCUGGCAUCCUUCUCAUCCUGGUGUUCAAGUUCAUCCCAGAGUCGGCACGGUACAACGUGUCCAUGGGAAACACGGGGGCUGCGCUGGCCACGCUGCAGAGGAUAGCCAGGAUGAACGGGGUGGCCAUGCCACAGGGACAGCUGAGGGAGCCUGCCAAGGAAAGAAGGGGAAGAUUCAAGGACCUCAUCCACCCCAAAUACCUCAGAACCACUUUGCAGAUAUGGAUUAUAUGGCUCGGCAUAGCUUUCGCUUAUUACGGUGUCAUAUUGGCCAGCGCUGAGUUGCUGGAGCGGGACCUUGUCUGUGGCUCCACAGCCCCACCACUGCAGGACUCCAGUGGUGACCCUGAGGAGAGCCACAGCCCCUGCCACUGCCACUUGUUUGGGCCCACUGCCUAUCAGACCAUGAUCAUCAGCACAGUCGGGGAGAUCGCACUAAAUCCUGUGAACAUUCUCAGCAUCAAUCUCCUUGGAAGACGCCUAAGCCUGUGUAUCACCAUGGGAUGUACAGCUCUGUUCUUUCUGCUUCUUAAUAUCUGCACCUCCAGUGCAGGCAUGGUUGGCUUUCUCUUCAUGCUGCGUGCCUUGGUUUCAGCAAACUUCAACACCAUCUACAUUUACACAGCAGAGGUUUACCCCACCACAAUGCGAGCGCUGGGGAUGGGGACAAGUGGGUCACUGUGCCGUGUGGGAGCAAUGGUGGCUCCAUUUAUAUCACAAGUUCUUAUGAGCGCUUCUUUCAUGGGGGCCCUGUGUCUCUUCUCCUCUGUGUGCAUCAUCUGUGCCAUCUCUGCAGUCACACUGCCCAUCGAGACCAAGGGCAGGGCCCUGCAGCAAGUAAAAUGAGACCGAAUGUUUGAUGCUGGAUUGGGUAGAAAAGAAAAAGAAAACCCUGGAAUCGGUUGCUUCCUGUGAGCUGCAUUUGAUGUUGAUUGCAUCUCCAUACUGUUUCCAUUAUUAAAAAAUAAAAAAAUACAACUGAACAGUGU